AUGUAUAAAGGAUAUAAUAUAUUAAAGAAUAUAAAAUUAAAUACAAAUAUAUUAAUAUAUAAGAAAACAAAAUUAGUUGAUCUUCCUAUAAAAAUAAUUUAUGAUACUAUUAUUGAUAUACCAAAUUAUCAUAAAUUUGUUCCUUGGUGUAAAGAAAGUAAUUGGAUAGAUGAAUUAAAUGAUGAUAUAAAAAAUUAUAGAAAAGCAUUAUUAACUAUUAACUUUUUAUUAUUAAAAGAAUCUUAUAUAUCUAAAGUUUCAUUUGAACCAUAUAAUUAUAUUAAGGCUAUAGCAUAUGAUAGUAAAAUAUUUGAAAAAUUGGAUACAAAUUGGAAUUUAAAAAAAACAGAAAAUGGAACUAUAAUUGAUUUUUCAAUUUCUUAUCAAUUUCGUAAUCCAUUUUAUCAACAUUUAUCAAAUACAUUUAACAAUUCAAUUACUAAAACUAUGUUAUCACAAUUUAUUAAAGAAUGUUAUCAAAGAUAUAAUUCUACACUAAUUUCUUAA